AUGGCUUCAAAAGUUAGAGAUAGAACUGAAGAUUUCAAAGAUGCUGUCCACCGAUCAGCAACAUCACUGGGUUUCAGUGAGUCCAAAAUAGCAGCUAUUUUGGCGUCAUUUAUUAUGCGCAAGCCCCGAGAAAGAACUCCUUUUGUGAAAGCUGCAUUAAAGACGUUGGAAAGCAUUGAAGCACUGGACCAGUUCUUGAUGAAGCACAAGAAGGACUACGUAGAUCUGCACCGUACAACUGAACAUGAGAGAGAUAGCAUUGAACACGAAGUUACAGUUUUUAUUAAAACAUGUAAAGAGCAGAUUGAUGUCCUUAAAAACACUAUAAAUGAUGAAGAAGCAAACUCAAGGGGCUGGUUGGGUGCCAAGAGUGAUACUUCAAAUGCUGAUACUAUAGCACACAAACAUGGAGUGGUUUUGAUCCUCAGUGAAAAGCUUCACUCAGUUACAUCACAUUUUGACAAGCUAAGAGCUGUACGCUUCCAAGAUGCCCUUAACCGGGUGACACCAAGAAGAAACCCAAGGAAGAUUGGCAAGGGAGAUGUAGAAGAGGUGCCUAAAACAAGUCCUCUUGGGCCGCGAGAGAUGUAUGAUACACAACUUAGGGAAUCUGAGGAAGCUCGUCCAGGCCCUGUAAGGGUCCAGGAGCAACUUUUGGAUGAUGACACACGUGCCCUUCAGGCGGAGUUAUCUGGCCUCCUAGAUGCUGUUCAAGAAACUGAGAAAAAAAUGGUAGAAAUGUCUGCUUUGAAUCAUCUCAUGUCUACUCAUGUUCUACAACAGGCUCAACAAAUUGAGCUUUUGUAUGAGCAGGCUGUGGAAGCUACAAAAAAUGUUGAGCUGGGUAACAAGGAGUUGUCUCAAGCCAUUCAAAGGAAUAGCAGUAGCAGAACUUUCCUGUUGCUUUUUCUGUUUGUAAUGACUUUUUCCAUCCUUUUCCUUGAUUGGUAUAGUUAA